CUGUUUUCCUAUGAUUUACCUCUUUUUAUCUACAGUUGAAGUAAAUUAAGCGAUCGUGAGACAAAAUGAGCACGAUAUUAGAGAAAAUCGCUCAAAUUGAGUCUGAAAUGGCUCGAACGCAACGAAAUAAGGCUACAGCAGGCCAUCUAGGACUACUGAAGGCUCGGUUAGCCAAGCUACGGAGGGAGCUCAUCACACCGAAGGGAGGUGGCGGAGCCUCGGAGCAGGGAUUCGAGGUUUCGAAAACUGGUGACGCACGAGUUGGUUUCGUAGGAUUUCCCUCGGUCGGUAAGUCGACUCUGUUGUCGAAUUUGGCCGGCGUGUACUCCGAGGUAGCCGCUUACGAGUUCACAACGUUGACCACAGUACCGGGAUGCAUCAAGUACAAGGGCGCUAAAAUACAAUUGCUUGAUUUGCCCGGUAUCAUCGAAGGCGCAAAGGAUGGCAAAGGUCGCGGUCGACAGGUGAUCGCAGUUGCUCGCACAUGUAAUUUAAUUUUUAUGGUCCUAGAUGUGCUGAAGCCAUUGACGCAUAAGAAACUUCUCGAGCAUGAGUUAGAAGGGUUCGGGUUGCGUUUGAACAAGCAACCUCCGAAUAUUUCCUUUCGCAAGAAGGACAAAGGCGGGGUUAAUUUAAACGCUACCGUUGCUCAAUCAGAACUUGACCUAGAUACUGUGAAAAGCAUUCUGGGCGAAUAUAAGAUCCACAACGCGGAUAUUACGCUUAAAUAUGAUGCCACUGCUGAUGAUCUUAUCGAUGUUAUCGAAGGAAAUCGGAUUUACAUACCGUGCAUUUAUCUGUUAAACAAAAUCGAUCAAAUCUCUAUUGAAGAGCUUGAUGUGAUUUACAAAAUCCCCCAUUGCGUACCGAUAUCAGCUCAUCACCAUUGGAACUUUGACGAUUUACUUGAUAUGAUGUGGAGCUAUCUUAAACUAGUGCGAAUCUACACCAAACCGAAGGGACAGCUUCCGGACUACAGUUCUCCAAUCGUGCUGCAUCAUGAGCAUACCUCUGUGGAAAGUUUUUGUAAUAAGCUUCAUCGAACCAUCGCAAAGGAAUUUAAAUACGCUCUUGUAUGGGGAUCCUCAGUUAAACAUCAGCCUCAAAAGGUUGGCAUCGAACACGUGCUUAACGAUGAGGAUGUGGUGCAAAUUGUGAAGAAAGUAUAAAGCUCCCCAAUGGAAAACGGCAUACAACCACCACCUCACACUCGUUGAAUUCUUGUUCAACUGCGUAGCAAGAUUCGAGAAGGCAAAGCGGAACGCUCCCUUACUCGUGCCAGUGGCCGUCGAUCGUUGAGAAAAGCGCGCAAAUAAUAAUGAAACAUGAAUGCUUUAUUUUAAGUGCUUUUUCUAUUUUGUUGAUGUUCAACUCUUCACAAGCUGAAAGGAACACCUUGUACGUUUCAGAUUUGCUCUUUAUGGAGUGGAACAAAACGUAAAGCAAAUAGAU